AAGUCGACAUAAAAACAAAAACUUAUAAUACCGAUUAUCAAAAUAGAAGAAUAACAUCGAAUUCGAGAAAAAAAAUAGUAUAACUGCGAAUUGUUUUUAAACAGUUAUUUUCUGUGGAUUUAUGUUGCAUAUAUUGAAAAAAAGUCUCAAAUUUCUGCUAAAACUUAAAAAGCUAACUAAAAAGUAGUUUAAAAUUGGAAUUAUAAGUUCGUAGUUGUAAAAUAAACCAAAAAAAAAUAGCACAACAAUGGCACACGAUCGAGAGCCUUCAGAACAGGCGCAAACUCAAGGUGCUACGCAAAGUCAGGCUUCCAAUCUGUGGAGUCAGGUGGAGAGUCAGCCUAUGGACAAUAUUGUUUGGGGCAGAUUAUAUGGCAAGAAUAUAAAAGUGAAAUCAUUGGGUACGAGCAUCAGACCGUAUAAAAUCCUCUAUCUGAAUACGUCUUUUUCUGUUGAUUUAAAUGUUGAAACUUUUACGGCCGGACGUGGGGAGAACAAUGAUUUAAUAUUGACGCUUAAUGAUUUACCUGAAAAGAUUUUAUGCCGUAUCUCAAAAGUACACUUUACCAUUACACGUUCAGGUUGUGAUCUUUUAAAUCCAGUUUAUAUCGAGGACAUGUCUAGAAAUGGUACAUUUGUAAACAGUGAGAGAAUUGGAAGCAACAGACGACGCAUUUUACAAAAUGAUGAUAUUAUCUCACUCUCACAUCCCACUUAUAAAGCUUUCGUUUUCAAAGAUCUUAGUCCAAAUGAGGCAAUGGGCUUGCCAACAGAUAUUACCGACAAUUAUUAUGUAAGUCGAAAAAUAGGUUCUGGUGCCUGUGGUUUAGUUCGCCUAGUCUACGAUCGUAGAACGUGCCAGCAGUAUGCCAUGAAAAUUGUUAAGAAAAACAUGCUGGCAACUAGUGCAAAUCCAAAUCAUUUAAAUGACCCAAACCGGGUAAUGAACGAGGCAAAAAUAAUGAAGAGCUUGGAGCAUCCUUGUGUUAUUAAAAUGCAUGAUAUUGUUGACAAGCCCGAUUCGGUGUAUAUGAUUUUGGAAUUUAUGAAAGGCGGUGAUUUACUCAAUCGCAUUGUGAGCAAUAAACGAUUAUCGGAAAAAGUUUCAAAAUUAUAUUUCUAUCAAAUGUGUCAUGCUGUUAAAUAUUUACAUGAUAAAGGCAUAACUCAUCGAGAUUUGAAACCGGAUAAUGUAUUACUUGAGACUUCAGACGAAGAAACUUUGUUGAAAGUUUCUGAUUUCGGUUUGAGUAAGUUUGUACAGAAAGAUUCUGUAAUGCGUACCCUAUGUGGCACACCUCUGUAUGUUGCACCAGAAGUGUUGCUGACUGGUGGUCGUGGAGCCUAUACUAAAAAGGUUGAUAUUUGGAGUUUGGGUGUUGUUCUAUUUACUUGUUUGAGUGGCACUCUACCAUUUUCGGAUGAUUAUGGUUCGCCUGCCUGUGAUCAAAUUAAAAAAGGCCAAUUUCGUUUUAAUCAUCCCUCUUGGAAACAGGUGUCUCAGCGCGCAACAUCUCUUAUUAAAAACAUGCUCAAUAUUGAUCCUCAACGUAGACCAACUAUAGAUGAUGUUCUUCAAAGUAGCUGGCUGAAAGAAGCAGCCAUGUUGCGCACAGCAAACAAACUGAUGAAUAUCGAACCAAUGGAAACGGAAGAUCAAGAAAAUUUUAUAGAGCCACCCUCUAAGCGCUCCAGACGAUAAACAAUUACAAAUUUUUUCAAUUUUAAUGCUCUUUGUCUAUCUCAUGUGGCCAAAUUUAUUAUUUAUUAGUUGUAGUUUUAGUUUAGUCAUACAUCUGCAUUUACGUUUUUUGUUUUGUUUUUUAUUAUAUCAUUAUAUUUCAUUUGAUAUGAAGUUGCCAUGAAAUUUAUACCCACACAAUCAGUAUUUAGUAUUAUUUUAUUUAUUUGUCAUACAGUCCAUUUUCAUCAACAUGAAAACGUUGUUCUUUGAUGAAACCAAUAAUUUAUGUCCUUAAAAACGACUUGUACUUAAAUUGUUUUUGUGUGUACAAAAUGUUAAUUUAAUGUCUCAAAAAAUGUAAAACUGUUUAGAAAUGUUGUUUUACUUAAUUAUUAUAACUUUUGUAUUAUUUCCUGUACUUGUAUUGACUUUAUUAGUAUUAAUUAAUUUACUACUUUACAUUCAUUUAAAAUAAGCUGAGCUUAUGUGGCUUUCUUUUUAUACAAAACUAAAUAUGAGGCUGUGAUUUGGCCUUGAUUUGAAUAAUAAAUCGAAAUAAUUUUAUUUGUUUUAA